GAGUUUAGAGGGUCUCUCUCUACCGGGGUGACAAGUCCGACCACUGGAGCAACCGGAGGGAAGUAGCUGCCAUUUGAAGAAAAAUAAAAACACUUUUCAUCGCUUCACCGCUGGAUACGUCACUCACCCUGGGGUUGGAUUAACUUAAAACCACUCUUUUUUAGUUUUUCUUUUUAAUUUGCUUUAGAAGACACAACUACUCACCGAAGACAAUGGGAUCCCAGGCAUCCAAGGGAGAGGUGGCCGCGGAGGCGAACGCUGCUGCCGCUGAUGCUGCAGCUGUCAAAACCAAUGGACAGGAGAAUGGACAUGUGAAGACCAAUGGCGAUGUCUCUACAAAGCCUGAUGGGGAUGCUGCCGCUACCAACGGCUCAGCCGAGGCAGCCAAGGAGCCUGAAGCCGGCGCAGGAGGCGACACUAUUGAGCCGGCACCUGCUGCAGAUGGAGAGGCUGCUAAACCCGAGGGCGAGGCUGCAGCUAAGGAAACCCCCAAGAAGAAGAAGAAGAAGUUCUCCUUUAAGAAGUCCUUCAACUUCAAGCUGAAUCUGAAGAAGAGCAAGAAGAGCGAGGCCGUCAAAGAGGAAGCAGCCGCCGCCGCCACCUCCGAGGAGAAGCCAGCAGAGAACGGAGCUGCUGCUCCUGCAGAGGAGAAGAAGGAGGAGGUGAAGGAGGAAGCUGCUGCUGCUGCUGUUCCUGCCGCUGCCACCGAGGCCGAGGCCCCAAAGGCAGAGGAGGGGCCGGCUAAAGAGGAGGCCCCCAAGGAGGAGGCCAAGGAGGCAGCUGCUCCGGCCCCUGAGGCCACAAAACCAACAGAGGAGAGCAGCUCGACCCCUGCUCCCUCUGAAAAGAAAGAGUGAUUGUACCUUUAACUCACAAUGAACUGGGUGAACUGUUUUUCAAGAGAGAGAGAGAAAAUUUAAGAGUAUAUAUAUAUAUAUUUAUAUAUAUAUGUGUAUAUGUAUACAUAUGUAUAUGGAUAUAUGUAUAUGUAAAUAUAUACACAUGUAUGUGAGAGACUCCUUCGACGUGCCACUUUUCGUCAUGAUAACAAGACGACAGACUAGAUUCACUAGAUCACUUCCCUGGUUACUGCUCGACAUCUGGACCUUGACUGAGUUUUAGGCUGUGUGUUGGUCGCUGUGUGGAAGAUGGAUUUUAAUGGCUAGAACGCGAGCUAAUGACACCAUGAAGUAUAGAUGAAGGAUGGAUGAAGAAGGAUGGAGUCGAAGCAUCUUUUCCCUAAAAAUCUACAGAUCAAGAUGCCUCCUUUAUGAAGGAAUGAAGCUAGAGAAGAUACUAGGACACCACCACCACUUGAAAUGACUGUUAAAUAGAAAAAGAACAAAAAAAAAAAGAAAUCAGACAAAUAAAGAGACUCGCCAACUUUUUACAUUCCUAUAUUUUAACCCAAAUUUGAAGUAUUUUGUGGUGUAUUAUAGAGAACCAUCUUAAAGAUUCAGAGAAGCUAUGUCUUGUUUGUUAAAAAAAAUAGACAAUGUUGAUUUUUACCUUACUAUGAAAAAAAAAAAGAACACUUAAGCUUGCUAUGUUCACUGUUGCGGUUUGAUAUGAAGCAGAGUUGUUUAUCUGUCGUGUGUGAGCCUGAAUCUGCUUUGUCUCUGUAAAUACAUUGGAUUGAUUUCUGUUCUUUAUUUUGCUAAUGUUGACAGAUGUUACUGGUUUUAUUGUAAAGUUGAUAAUGGUAAAUAAAUGUUGGUUACCUGCCCGUU